AUGUGGAGAUUCAAACCGUUCGCGCAUAAAGAGCAAACUGGUCUGGAAGGACGUGUUAUUGAAAUAGGCAAUUUCAAAGUUCAGGUUCGAAACUCCAUUGCAGAGGGUGGAUUCUCAUGUGUUUACCUAGCUCGAGACACUUUACAUGGUUCCAAGCAGUAUGCAUUAAAGCACAUCAUAUGCAAUGAUGAAGAGUCGCAAGAACUAGUGAUGAAGGAGAUUUCAGUUAUGAAAUCUCUUAAAGGGCAUCCUAAUGUUGUCACACUGCAUGCACAUGCUAUCUUUGAUAUGGGUCGUACUAAAGAGGCUCUCCUUCUCAUGGAAUAUUGUGAGAAGUCCCUGGUUAAUGUUCUGGAUACCAGAGGAGGAGCUGGGUUCUUUGAGGAGAAGCAGGUGCUAGCAAUUUUUAGAGAUGUAUGCAAUGCUGUCUUUGCAAUGCACUGCCAGAAACCGCCUAUUGCUCAUAGGGAUUUGAAGGCAGAGAAUCUUUUACUGGGGCCUGAUGGCUUGUGGAAGUUAUGUGAUUUUGGCAGCACUUCUACUAACCAUAAACGCUUUGAGAGACCUGAAGAAAUGGGAAUUGAGGAAGAUAACAUAAGGAAACACACGACACCUGCAUAUAGAGCCCCUGAGAUGUGGGAUCUGUUCCGAAGAGAUCUUAUAAACGAGAAGGUAGAUAUAUGGGCGCUCGGGUGUCUCUUAUUCCGCAUAUGUUACUUGAAGUCUGCAUUUGAUGGUGAAUCAAAGCUCCAAAUACUAAAUGGGAACUACCGAAUUCCAGAUUUACCCAAAUACAAUAAAUUGCUGACGGACCUUAUCCGAGAUAUGCUUCAGUCGUCCCCCGAAGACAGACCAGAUAUCACGCAGGUGUGGUUUCGUGUUAAUGAUCUUUUGCCUGAUGGGAUGCAGAAAUCAUUGCCGGAUAGUCCUCCCGAAAUGCAGCAACACGGUACUGAUGUGCCUGCAGGCACCCCAAAGCCUGCUAACAAGCCUAGUCCAAUGCCUCGUAGGAGUCCCCCUCCUCCACCCUCAUCCGAAGCACCCCAAAACGUGUCUUCAAAUUCAAAUAAUUCGAGAGCAAGUGAUAACCUUGGUCCUCUUGGUGCUUUCUGGACAACUCAGCAUGCACAAAAUUCAGAAACCAUGGAGGAGAAAGCCAAACCAAAAUACGAUGAGGACACAAACAAAAAUAAAUUAUCUGGAAAUGAGAAGAUCCGUCCAGAUGGGCACACAGUUUCUCAUAUGCCCGCCCAAAUGGAGCAGAAUUUUCAAUCUCAUGCCCAUAAGAAUGCUCAAGGCAGGCCGGCCAGCAGGCUAAGUGGUGGCCCAACUAAGGACUUAAAUCUGUUUCCAAACAACUCUAACAAUGUUUCCGAAAGAUCAAAAGAGCCCAAACCGGAGGUCACUCCAGCCGUUCAACAAAAUGAUGAUUAUAAUGCUUUUAUUUCUGUGUUCAAUUCUACUACCGAACAGAGUCUUGGAGGCGACCGUCAGAAAUCGGAUAAGGAAGAAAUGUUAGAGGCCGAGGUGGAAAAGCUGAAGGAGCAGCUUGCACAUGUGAAUGCGGAGAAGGCAGAAAUAACCUCCAAAUAUGAAAAGCUCUCGGCAAUUUGUAGGUCACAGAGACAAGAGAUACAAGACCUUAAGCUUGCUCUAGCUGCAAGAAAUCCAUCACCGAACAGGGAUUCUUCUUCUAGAAACCUGCCAUCUCCUGGAAGCCACCCAUCCACUGGUCAACCGCAAAAUGAGAAGAUUGAAGAAACUGUAUGGGAUCUCCAACAGGGUUUCGUUAACAGAGGGUCUCGAAGCCCGGAUUCUAAGCAGUGGCAGGCGUUUACUGAUAACCCCAAGGCACAAACCUCACCGUCAAAUAUUGCUCCAAGAUCCGUCAGAACCAAAAACGGUGAGAAGAAUAAAAAUCAGGUUGCUGAAGGUGGCAAUUCUUGGGGAUUUGGCACCGACACUUUUAAGGUGGCCUCUGCUGCUAGUUCUAAGAUAAAUGACCCUACUGCUGGCGAGUUCAAUAAUUCUCAGGGUGCUGGUGGCGAAUCAAAGAGCACCGAGAGUAACUUCGUGGCACAACCUGCUGGAUGGGCAGGUUUCUAA